GCUGGAAUCACGCCACAUUGCAGAUCCAGACCAGCCAGCCAACAUGCCCAGCGAGAUUCGCCGCCUCCACGUCGAGGACCGCUUCAGCGAGGUCGUCGUGCACAACGGGACCGUGUACCUCUCGGGUCAGCUGGCCGACGACCUCGACGGCGGCAUUGCCGCACAAACCGCCGAGACGCUCGCGAGCAUCGACCAGUUCCUCGCCGACGCGGGCACGGACAAGUCGCGCAUCCUCUCGGUGACCAUCUACCUCAAGGACAUGGCGGAUUACGCCGGCAUGAACGCGGUCUGGGACGCGUGGGUCGUCAAGGGCGCGACGCCGGCCCGCGCCACGGUGCAGUCGGCGUUGUACGACCCCAAGGUGCUCGUCGAGAUGUCGGUCGUCGCAGCGCUCUAAUGCAGUUGGAUGAACGAUGUCGUUGCACUUGAUAG